AUGGUCGCAUUUUGGAUCUAUGCCGAUGCCGUCAAUAUGGCGACAGACUUCAUCAUUACCACCGUCACCCUCGGAAUACUGGUCCAUCUCCAAAUGCCAUUGGGCACGAAAGCCAUGGUAAUUGGCGUCUUUGGCUGUCGCAUAUUGGCGAAUCGAUACGAACUUGACGAGAUGGCUACUGGAAAGCAUGCCAGGCCUACGGUCGAGGAUGUCUCGCAGCAUAGCGACCAAGACCAUAUGGACAGUGCACAAUUGAACAAGCUAGGAAAGAAGUCAGUUCUCAAGAGAAACUUUGGAGGCUGGACCAUCCUCGGAUUUAGUUGCGCCGUCCUCGUUACCUGGGAAGGAACCCUAAUGAACUUUGCUCCCGGCUUGACAAACGGUGGCAGCGCCGGUAUAAUAUACGGCUUCAUCUUUGUCUGGAUCGGUGUCCUUUCGUCCUUCGCGACCCUCUGCGAACUCGUAUCCAUCGCUCCCAUGGCAGCCGGUCAAUACCAUUGGGUCGCCAUGCUAGCACCGCCUCGAUACUCGAAAUACCUUAGCUACAUCACUGGAUGGAUGAACUUUGCUGGAUGGCAGGGAACUUCUGCUGCAGCGGGAUUCCUGACCGCGACGAUGAUACAGGGUCUUGUCAUUUUCACGAGGCCGGACUAUGAAGCGCAGACUUGGCACGGCACAUUGCUGAUCUGGGCUUGUAUCCUAGUGGCUAUUAUCAUCAACACUGUUGUCAGCGCUUUGCUUCCUAUCCUGGAGGGCAUGAUAUUGAUUCUGCAUCUUAUUGGGUUCUUUGCGAUUCUUAUUACUCUUCUUGUAUUUCGAGAUAACGACAAUGGCACGGAAGUCUUCACCGAGUGGAGAAAUGGUGGAAUGUGGCCUUCGCAGGGUCUUUCUUGGUGGGUUGGAUUGUUGGGUUGCGUCUUUUCCUUUACUGGCGUUGACUGCUCUUUUCACAUGUGCGAGGAGGUCAGAAACCCUUCACUGGUUGUACCCCGCUCCAUCAUGGGCAGUAUCACCAUCAACGGCCUCCUGGGCUUCGGCAUGAUCAUUGCCAUGCUUUACAGCGCCACCGACAUUGAUGCAGCUGUUGAAACUCCGACUGGAUAUCCUUUUAUGGAGAUCUUCUACCAAGCAACAGGAUCCAUCAACGGAACAGCGGGUAUGGCAUCUCUCAUCGUCCUCAUGACACUAUCCGCUACCGUCGGUGUCAUCGCUUCCACAUCACGAAUGCUAUGGGCAUUUGCUCGUGACAAUGCUAUGCCUUUCUCAAGCACUCUCUCCAAGGUGGAACCUCGAACCAACAUGCCAGUCUGGUCCAUUUCAAUCACAUGUCUCAUUUCCUGCCUCAUCGGACUUAUCAACCUCGGCUCAACAGUCGUCUACAACGCCAUCGUUUCAGUUGCAAUUUCUGGUCUUUACGCAUCCUACUUCAUGCCCGCCAUUCUCCUCCUCUAUCGUCGCUGCGAUAGGGACUACAAGAUCAGGAACAUUGCCGGCGACGGACAGGUUCUCGAGUGGGGUCCUUGGCAUCUCAAGGGAAUAUUUGGUAUUUUGAACAAUACCUUUGCAUGCAUGUUUAUCUUUAUCGUAUGGUUCUUUAGCUUGUGGCCACCUCAGACUCCUGUUGAUGCUGCGAGUAUGAACUAUGCUCCUUUGAUGACUGGCGGAAUUGCGAUUCUUGCUACGAUUUAUUAUUUCUUGUUUGCCAACAAGGUAUACGUUGGUCCAAAGGUUGAGCUCUAG